AUGCUGUCGUGGGAACAUCUGUUUUUGAUGCUUAGAGCCUUCGGAGCUUUCAGGCAGAGUGGUGUGGUGCAGCUAAGGUUGUUUCUCACGGAUCCUCAGCUGCAGGAUUCGCACUGGAAUCUUGAUCUGCCCGAACUGCGACGUCUCAGCAUGUCGAAUCAUGUCCCGCCGGUUGACAAGUUCGCCCAGUCACUGCUCCAGUGCCCCAAGAUUGAGAUCUUUUAUGCGCACAAAUACUGGAACGACCACCCGCUCCCCGAGCUCUUCCUACCAAGUAGAUUUACCUUUCGGCGAGGCGACUGCACUCGGCAGUUGAAGCUGUACUUGCCGCAGGUUGAAGAGCUUAUACUUGAUGCCAACUAUGAGCUGGAAUCACUGGUUUUCUUGAAGCAAGGUCACCCUCGGCAUGCAGCUUGGAAUGUUGCGCCAUCUGGACCUCAGUCCAAGUUCAUCCUGUCCUGCGUGAACGCAAACCUGGGCAAGAAGGUCAAGCAAACACUGAUCCAAAGUGGCCGUUUGCUGAACACACUGGCCGAUGCCUUUGGUCCUGAGGAUGACGAAUUUGGCCAGGGACCCAUGUUUGGCAUGGAUGCAUUUUGGAAACAUGCCCGGCCGGGGUUGUUUCCUGAUUGUAACGGACCGGGAGAGGAUGACUCAGACCCUCCAAGGGCUGUCCCUGCAGACCAGCAGAGCUCACGAGGAGCCAUGGCGCAAGGUGGUCAGCGCUCGGCUGAUCAAGGCCCUGUUGGGAAAGCCGUCUGGGUCGCGCAUCUGAAGAGUCGGCCAGAGCUCGUCGGCAGGAGCGGAGUCAUCGUCCAGCAGUUUGCAGCCGGUCGUGUCGGAGUGCGUUUCGACCACGAUAAGACAUUGGAACUGUCUGUGAAGAUGGAGAACUUGGAGUUCCUUCCAGAUGGGCAGCAGGUCCAAACGCAACUGCCCUGCAACAGCCUCACACCUGGAGCACCCUGUGAUUACUACCGCUCGGAUGGACUGAUUUCUGGCCACGCCUACGCGGUUCUGGAUGCCAGAGAGGUCAUUUUACGGAUUGAUCAGGGGCGCAGGAACGUGCCUGUCCGCCUGAUUGCUCUGAAGAACCCCCAUGGCGAUUGGAAAGCCGAAGGAGGCACCUUCUCUUCGACUUGGCUGGGCGAGUGGGGCCACCAGUCUUCACGGUGGCAGCGGCACCCAGAGGCGCAAGGGGCUCCGCUAAAUUCCGUGGAUCUCGGUGAGGGUCGAGGGCUUGGGGCUUAG